GUGGCGCCGGCGCCGGCCUUGGCCUGGCCUGGCUCAGGGGAGGCGGCGGGCGGGCGGGUGCGAUGGCGGAGGCCGGGCCUCAGGCCCCGCCGCCCCCGGGCACCCCAAGCCGGCACGAGAAGAGUCUGGGACUUCUCACUACCAAGUUCGUGUCGCUUCUACAGGAAGCCAAGGACGGCGUGCUUGACCUCAAACUGGCAGCUGACACCCUAGCUGUGCGGCAGAAACGGCGGAUUUACGACAUUACUAACGUGUUGGAAGGUAUUGGGCUGAUCGAGAAAAAAUCCAAGAACAGCAUCCAGUGGAAGGGCGUGGGGCCUGGCUGCAAUACCCGGGAGAUUGCUGACAAGCUGAUUGAGCUCAAGGCAGAGAUCGAAGAUCUGCAACAGCGAGAGCAAGAACUUGACCAGCACAAGGUGUGGGUGCAGCAGAGCAUCCGGAAUGUCACAGAGGACGUGCAGAACAGCUGCUUGGCCUACGUGACUCAUGAAGACAUCUGCAGAUGCUUUGCUGGAGACACUCUCCUGGCCAUCCGGGCCCCAUCAGGCACCAGUCUGGAGGUGCCCAUCCCAGAGGGUCUCAAUGGACAGAAGAAAUACCAGAUUCAUCUGAAGAGUGUGAGUGGACCCAUUGAGGUACUGCUGGUUAACAAGGAGGCAUGGAGUUCACCACCUGUGGCUGUUCCUGUGCCACCUCCUGAAGAUCUGCUCCAGAGCUCAUCUGCUGUUUCUACCCCUCCACCACUGCCCAAACCUGCCUUAGUCCAGCCUCAGGAAGUCUCACGUCCAAGCAGUCCCCAGCUAACCACCUCUACUCCUGUUCCUGAAAGCACUGAAGUCCCGGGGGUGGCUGGCCCAGCAGCUGAGGUCACAGUGAGUGUCUGCCCUGGAACUGAGAGCAAGGACAGUGGUGAACUCAGUUCGCUCCCGCUGGGCCCAGCAGUGCUAGACACCCGACCACUGCAGUCUUCUGCCCUGCUGGACAGCAGCAGCAGUAGCAGCAGCAGCAGCAGCAGCACUAGCAGUUCAUCUGAACCCAACCCGUCUACCUCCUUUGAGCCCAUCAAAGUGGACCCCACAGGUGUUCUUGAACUCCCCAAAGAGCUGUCAGAAAUCUUUGACCCUGCACGAGAGUGCAUGAGCUCAGAGCUGCUGGAGGAGCUGAUGUCCUCAGAAGUGUUUGCUCCCCUCCUCCGCCUUUCUCCUCCCCCUGGAGACCACGAUUACAUCUACAACCUGGAUGAGAGUGAAGGUGUCUGUGAUCUCUUUGACGUGCCUGUUCUCAACCUCUGACUGAUGAGGACAUGCUCUGUGUGGCCAGGACCCAGACUGAGCUGGGACUGCCUGGGGCUGCCCCAACCCCUGCAUAAUUUUAGAGCCACAGACUCCUGGCUUCCCCAGCCUCUCCACUCCUAAAGGUUCUGGCCACACCUCCCACUCUUGCCCUGGCAGUGGCAUUGUGCUAGCAGAGUGGGAAAGGAGCUCAGUCCUUUCCACCGUGGAGCCAAAGUGUUUGCCUCUCCUUUUCUGGAACCUUCCCCAGCCCCAGCCAGCUGCCACCCAGUGGCACAGAUCAGCCAGCGCCCGCAUAGGACAGCUUGUCUAGCCAGUUGUCCUGUUCCUGCUGCUCCCGCCCCUAGUAGGGAAGCAUGGGGGUAAAGCUGGGCACUUGCCAGCUACCACCUUGCCUUCCUUUCCUACUUGCUCACCCUACAGCUUCACCCAAGCUUUCCUGUGCCCCCUCCCCCACCCCCUUCUGCUGAGCCCUGAAUCCUGGAAACCUACAGGUGGCCUGGGGUGGGGCAGGGGUGUUAACAAGGUGGAAAUGAGGUCUAGGAAUCUGGGCCGGUGGGUCCCUGAGGCUUGGCCCAACCUCCUUCUUAUUUCCAUUCAUUCAUUUACUCACAUUUAGAGCCAUUUACAAAGAUUUAGAAAGAUUUACAGUAACGAAUGAAUUCCUAUAUAAAGAUUAUUUUUAUACUUUUUGCAGCAAAAGGAAAUUGUAAUAUUUGUACAGUAUCCAAUUGAAUAAAGACCAUGCCUAAGGCUA